CGAACCUCCUACAGUUAGUAUCUGCGAUGGCCGCAUCCUCGGCAUAUUUGACAGAUCAAACAAAGCGCUUCCUCAAGGCUGUCGGCUCGAGCGUGCCCAAAGACAAGGUCAUUGAGAUAACCGAGUUCGCGAAGAGUGCUGAUGUGCUGGAUUUUUACAAAGAAAAGCCACAUACACCAUUCUGGUACAUGAGGCUGAAGAAAGAGGGCCAGGAGGACGCGCCGCAUGUGGGAAGCAUUGCAGACGCUUGGGUCGAAGACGAAGAGAACAUCCAGAGAGCCGCGGAACAUGUACAGCGCCCCUUGAAACCAGCACAUCGGUCCCUAGUGCGUGCAUUCGGCAUAUAUCAGUUCAAAGCCCGCAAGGACGGAUGGAUGUGGGCGGAUCCGAGCACAGAUAGCGAUCCGCAGACGCUGGUAUGCGUUGCGCUUGACAACCUGGGACUCGAGAAUGGUUUCUUCAUGGAUCUGGAUUCAGGGCAAGAUGUAUGCAUUGAUGGGAAUGACAAGAUACUGGUCCCGCCAACUGGCGGAGGAUUAGCGAUUUUGUUCUGGGUCGAUAUCUGAUAAAGAUACAAUGCAACUCAGCAGACAGCAUUACCGUCACGAUCCGGAAUACUGCCACGGGUUGGCGCAGAAAAGAUGGGAGUGUCGAUAGCCAAGGAGCUCGCUUAUACGAUCAAUCCUGUCGAGAACGUAAGCGACGAACAGACAGUUAUUCCAGAAGGUGGCUCACGCAAAAUCCUGCCCUAUGAUGUGUUGCACAAGCUUCGGGACGAAUAACGGAGUCCAUGGAUAGCAUUCCGGCAAAGUAGUGAAUGCUUGCGUUCCGAUCGAUUCCUUAAAGACUCGGAGGCUGCUGUUGCUUGCGCACGAGAGCUGAUAGAAGAAUGUCAAGGGCCGAUUCCCUACCGAUUUGUCAAUUCUGCCCCGAGAGGAAUCAGUACUUGACUCACACAAGAGAAAAAGCUCGCAGGCCCGAAGACCCCAACCUUCUAGGUACAGGGCAUCGAGGAGUUCGUUGGCAUAACGGGCACAUUUGAGGAUAUCCUCCGCACGCCUCUGCGACGUGUCGCUCCCAACGCAUAUGCGUACAACAUCCAAGACAGGCCAUUCCACCCCCGAUUGAUGCAGCACAUAGCACGCCGAAAGCACGAGGAACUUCUGAAAGUUGGCUAGCUUUAAAGCGAUCGAAGCCGUGGUUCCUCGCCGCACGGCUGCCAGCGCAUACAUCUUCAAGCGAUCGUAGGCGAGUGAGGGCACACUGCGCGGCGCUGGUUCGUGAUUAGGUACAGCUGGAAGUCGUUCAUCGGUGGCCAUGAGAUAUGCUGCAGCCUCCCCAUUGCACAUGGCAUCAUAUAUCCCCUCCUCUUUCAGUACCUUGUACCAUACUUUUGCCUCUGGCGUCUCUUCCACCAAAGCGAUCGCAUUCUUCUUCCAACGUGAGAUCGCACUCUUCCGUCGCACUGGAUUCAGCUUCCGAGAUUGAGGGUCCAGUGCAACAAAUUCUAAUGUACCAUAAUGCUUCGAUCGGGUUCCAUGAUUUGAAGUUGACGGCCCCCCGCCGUCUGAGGUCCUUCGCCUCGUUCGCUCUCUUGCGACCGACUCUCCAUUGGCCUUGAAUGCUGAAUUUGAUCUGUAUGACAACACUAGUCCUUCCAGAUACGACACAUAGUCCUCAGAUGAGCCGCGAAAAUUGUCGAUUCGUGCGAUCAUGCCAGCAAUAUCUGUUGAAGAG